AGUGGUGAUUACGGCGCGUUCUCACACUUGAUUGUGAUACAUUUUUUUAAUUAAUUUGCUGAAAAUAAAAUGAAAAACUGAACUUUCGAAAAUUUUAAAUUGAAUUUAUUUAAAAUACUCGCAUUUAUUCACUCAAUUCCAUUUAAAAUAGGUAAUUUCAACGAAUAAAUGCGAUUAAAAAAGUGUAAUCAAACCGAAACCGUCUAUACAACAUGCGAGAGUGACGUUUCAUCAUCGUAGUCGCAUUUUUGACACCUCAGCUGACCAACACGAAAUUUUUUAUGUUUCGUCCACACAAAUAUUUCACAAUAUCAUUUUGAACUUGCUUCGAUUUCCGAUGAGAAACGAAAUAUUAUUUUUCUUCAAUUAAAGUGACCAAAUUGGCAUUGAGCGGCGAACGAAUGUUGAAGUGUGAAAAGAUGUUUUUCAAUAUUCACAGUGUGAUUUGGCAUUUGUUACAGUUUAUCUUCGAUAUGGUUGAUAUCUGUUGUUGGUUUGGCACAUUUGCCAAGGCGAAAUGUAAAAGUGUUCAACGAAGAUUUGGUGGCGAGGAUAUUUCCAGCGAGAAAAUCUUAAUCGAACGGAACAAAGCCAAAUUGACUAAAAUUCCCAUUCAUUUGGCUGUGAUUCUGGGCACGGAAUUGCCCGACUUUAGAGCGCUGUCAAAAAUUAUCUUCUGGUGUUUAUCAGCCGGCAUUCAAAACAUUAGCUUUUAUGAUCAUCGAGGUAUUUUGGUGUCAAACAAUGACAAAGUCUACGAUUAUUUGUCGCGAUGGCGAAAGGACAACGAUAAAAUUUGCUGGAAUUCGAAUAGUCGUGAUAUUUGCGGCAGUCAAGUGGUGUACAGAAAUGGAGCGAAAAAGGAGUUGUCGGUAAACUUUUUGUCGCCACGCGAAGGCAAAAUGAAAAUUGCCGAUGUGUGUCGAACGAUGGCAGCUGAUGCAAGCCUCUCACCCGAGCAAAUUAAUAUCAACAGCGUGCACGAACGGUGUGCAAAGAUAGUGAAUCCUGAUCCUGAUGCGGCCAUUUAUUUUGGCGAAGUUUGCAGUACCUACGGUUUUCUACCGUGGCACAUUCGGCUCACCGAAUUUUUCCCCAUCAAAUCACAAGAAACGAUGAGCGUUUACUCAUUCCUAGACACACUGUUUUUAUUUUCCAAAUGCGAACAACGGUUCGGAUAUUGAAGUGCCACAUGAAUAUAGUUCCACAUCUAGUGUUACGUAGCAUAAUGUAAGAUAUACGCAUCAAAAUGGAAGAAGUGUCGAUGAUGAGAAAACGAAAAGCAAAAGUUGGAAUAUUUUUUAUCGUUCACAAACAUCAUGUAGGGUCACCACAGUUCCAACACCUCAAAUUGAGCAAUGAAAAGACUUUGUAAAUGAUAUCAAUGAACAUGCUGGAUUAUUUAGUUAGUACGCUUAAUGUUUCAUCGAUUGGUUGAGGCUCUUUCAAUCAAGAGCGCACACAACCAAAUCAAUCGAACCAUUACUUUGUAAGAGAAAAACAACUGUUAAUUAAAAAUAUAUAUCAAAUGGAAUGAAA